CCUGAUAGAGGUGUUUGUAGGCGGGAAGACAGCGCGGAGAAGUAAGGGUUCCGGUCAGGGACACAUUCAGUAACUAGCUGCCAUCAUGCCGCCAACCGGCCGCGACUUGCUGCAGGCCCGGGUCAAGGAGCUGAUCGACAGCAACCGGGUUAUGGUGUUUAGCAAGAGCUUCUGCCCCUACUGCGACCGGGUAAAAGAUCUUUUUUCCUCUCUGGGUGCAGAGUACCACUCCCUGGAACUGGAUGAGUGUGAUGAUGGUUCCGAUAUACAGGAAGCGCUGCAAGAAUUGACCGGGCAAAAGACUGUUCCCAAUGUUUUUGUAAAUAAAACACACGUCGGAGGCUGUGAUAAGACACUUCAGGCUCAUAAAGAUGGAUCACUGGCGAAAUUGCUGGAUGACAACAGUGUAACGUAUGAUUAUGACCUUAUUGUAAUCGGAGGAGGAUCGGGUGGUCUUGCAUGCUCAAAGGAAGCAGCAUCAUUUGGCAAAAAAGUGAUGGUUCUCGAUUUCGUUGUGCCCACACCUCAGGGAACAUCAUGGGGUCUUGGUGGUACAUGUGUGAAUGUUGGCUGCAUUCCUAAAAAGCUGAUGCAUCAAGCUGCAAUCCUGGGGCAGUCGCUGAAAGAUUCAAGAAAGUUUGGCUGGGAAUAUGAGGAACAAGUUAAACACAACUGGGAAACGAUGAGAGAGGCCAUUCAGAACUACAUCGGCUCACUGAACUGGGGUUAUCGAGUGGCACUGAGGGACAAACAAGUUCGAUAUGAAAAUGCUUAUGGGGAAUUUGUUGAAUCCCACAAGAUAAAAGCCACCAACAAGAAAGGAAAGGAAUCUUUCUUCACCGCAGAAAAAUUUGUUGUGGCAACAGGAGAAAGACCCCGGUAUUUGAAUAUACCCGGUGAUAAAGAAUACUGCAUUACAAGUGAUGAUCUCUUUUCCUUACCUUACUGCCCUGGAAAGACGCUUGUCGUAGGUGCUUCCUAUGUGGCCUUGGAGUGCGCAGGAUUUCUAGCUGGCAUCGGGUUGGAUGCCACAGUCAUGGUUCGAUCAAUAUUUCUGCGUGGUUUCGAUCAAGAGAUGGCAAAUCGAGCUGGUGCUUACAUGGAAACUCAUGGAGUAAAAUUCAUCAAGCAAUUUGUGCCCAUCAAGGUGGAAUUGCUGGAGGAGGGAACCCCAGGGAGGAUAAAAGUUACAGCAAAGUCCACACAAGGAGACCAGAUCAUUGAGGAUGAAUACAACACUGUAUUAAUUGCUGUUGGGAGAGAUGCCUGCACCAGAAAUAUUGGCCUGGAGAAGAUUGGGGUUAAAAUAAAUGAAAGAAAUGGCAAGAUACCCGUCAGUGAUGAAGAACAAACCAGUGUGCCUCAUGUCUAUGCUAUUGGAGACAUCUUGGAUGGAAAAUUGGAACUUACUCCUGUCGCAAUCCAAGCUGGACGACUGUUGGCUCGGAGAUUAUACAGAGGCUCCAAAGUGAAGUGUGAUUAUAUCAAUGUUCCAACAACAGUGUUCACUCCCCUGGAGUACGGCUGCUGUGGUUAUGCUGAGGAAAAAGCCAUUGAAAUUUAUGGGGAAGAAAACCUAGAGGUUUAUCACACUUUAUUUUGGCCUCUUGAGUGGACUGUUCCCAGCCGGGACAACAAUACCUGUUUUGCCAAGAUAAUCUGCAAUAAACAGGAUAAUGAUCGAGUCAUUGGUUUCCAUGUACUGGGUCCAAAUGCUGGAGAAAUCACUCAGGGCUUUGGUGCUGCAAUGAAGUGUGGCCUGACCAAAGAAAAGCUUGAUGAAACUAUUGGAAUCCACCCUACAUGUGCUGAGAUAUUCACAACCAUGGACACUUCCAAAUCCUCAGGAGGAGACAUUAGCCAGAAGGGUUGCUGAGGUUAAAUCCUGCUGUUAACUGAUCCCUAGACCUUCUCUCCUGUGACACCAAUGCGCUAACCAUUGGCACAUAAUAACGUAUCGCUGCCGGUGAGGAAACAUUGAUUCAUCCUGGCAACAACCGUUACCUUCUAUCAGUGCCACGUAUUGGCUCGGUGACAGGGAAGAAGGUUCUUGGGUGAUUGGUAACAGCAGGGUUACUGUGAUAUUGGGACGCUCUUGGGUGAGCACAUCUCUCAGGUGCUUUUUAUGAAGUCUUGGCUCAACACCCCCAAUAGAGGAGAGCUCUGACUGAUUACCCAGGAUCGUUCUGUCCAACUUUUUAUCCUAUUCCUUUGUGUUACUAUCACACAAACACCCAACGUUUGUGUGAAGUCUCCGGUGUAUUAGCAAACUAUGUAUGGGUGGCCUUUGUGCCGAACAUCUCAGAGAUUCCUGCCAUCCAUUUGUCCUCUAGGGGGCGAUAGUUGCCAGUACCAACAUACUGGAGGUAUACAGGGCUUGUUCGUAUUCUAUGUAUGUGGGAUGGCUCAAGUGUGUAUGGAAGAAAUCGCUGCUUAGAAAAAAUUAAAAAAUGUAAUUAUGCAUAAAUAUAAACAUUUUAUGCAUUUCCUGUGAACUGUAGUUAUGUAUAUUUAUAUUUUCUACCAGCUCUCCUCUUUGCUUAUUGCACCACAGCAGAGUGUGACCAGCAAUAAACUCGUGCAGAAUUCGUAUCGGUGCGCCGUACUUUUAAGUCUGUCUGUAAUUCUUGUAAACCUGUAGAUAAUAUCAGACGGUGCAGUGUCAUUAAAUUGGCACCGACAUCUUGGAAACAGACUUUGGUAUACAAGGGGUUACUUCUUCAGCCCCCAAAUAGCUUGAGCUUGAACCUUGGUAUAAAAAUUUCCAGGCUCUGGGAGUUCAUGUGCCGUUAGUUUACAGUAGCUGCUGCAAAGAAACAGAUCAAUAAAUUACAUCAAUAUUUCCCA